AUGACCCUACUUCGUGGCACAUUGCACGUCACGACGUGUACGGGACCAAGUUUCAAAUGGCUUGGGAACUCCGUAGUCACGACGGUGCCCAAGAUGACAGCGGAAGCUUUGACGACUGUGAAAGCUACGAGCACAUCGAUGGAGACGCUGGACGACAUCGUCAUUGAGGAUUAA